AUGAAAAAGCGUGCUGCGUAUGCUCAGCGAAUUUAUAACCUUCACCCCACCCACUCUCCCCCCUCACCACCCAACCAGGAAUUCACUACCAUCACCCCCCUCUCCCCCAGCCAGGCAUGUAUAACCUUCACCCCACCCCCUCUCUCUCCCCAACCAGGAAUUUAUAACCUUCACCCCACCCCCGCUCCCCCUCUCCCCCAACCAGGAAUUCACAACCGUCAUACCCUCCUCUCCUCCCAACCAGGAAUUCAUAACCUUCACCCCACCCCCUCUCCUCCCAACCAGGAAUUCACAGCCACCAACCCCCCUCUCCCCCCACCAGAAUUUAUAACCUUCACCCCACCCCCUCUCCCCCUCUCUCCCCAAGCAGGAAUUUAUAACCUUCAACCCACCCCCUCUCCCCCAACCAGGAAUUUAUAA